GCAGGCGGCAGGCAGGGUCCGUGCGCCGAGCCGGCCGGGAGCGCCAGCGAGCCAGAGAGCGAGCGGGAAGACGCAGCCGCCAGCUUCCUCAGCAGCCAGCCCGCAGCGGUUUGUUCCCUUCCUCGGGAGAGCGCCAAUGCCUGGGCCGACCCAAACCCUGUCCCCCAAUGGCGAGAACAACAACGACAUCAUCCAGGAUAACGGGACCAUCAUCCCUUUCCGGAAGCACACAGUGCGCGGGGAGCGUUCCUACAGUUGGGGGAUGGCAGUCAACGUGUAUUCUACCUCGAUAACCCAAGAGACUAUGAGCAGACAUGACAUCAUUGCAUGGGUUAAUGACAUAGUAUCGUUAAACUACACAAAAGUGGAACAGCUGUGUUCAGGAGCCGCCUAUUGCCAGUUCAUGGACAUGCUCUUUCCAGGCUGCAUUAGUUUGAAGAAAGUAAAGUUUCAAGCAAAGUUGGAGCAUGAAUAUAUUCACAACUUUAAGCUUCUGCAGGCAUCAUUUAAGCGGAUGAAUGUUGAUAAGGUAAUCCCAGUGGAGAAGCUAGUGAAAGGACGCUUCCAAGACAACCUGGAUUUUAUUCAGUGGUUUAAGAAAUUCUAUGAUGCCAACUACGAUGGCAAGGAGUAUGAUCCCGUGGAGGCUCGACAAGGGCAAGAUGCAAUUCCUCCCCCUGACCCUGGCGAACAGAUCUUCAACCUGCCAAAAAAGUCUCAUCAUGCUAACUCGCCCACAGCAGGGGCGGCUAAAUCAAAUCCAGCAUCUAAACCAGGAUCCACACCUUCUCGUCCCUCUUCUGCCAAAAGGGCUUCAUCCAGCGGCUCAGCAUCCAAAUCUGAUAAAGACUUAGAAACCCAGGUCAUACAGCUUAAUGAACAGGUACAUUCAUUAAAACUUGCUCUUGAAGGUGUGGAAAAGGAACGGGAUUUCUACUUUGGAAAGUUGAGAGAGAUUGAGCUUCUCUGCCAGGAGCAUGGGCAAGAAAAUGAUGACCUCGUGCAGCGACUAAUGGACGUGCUGUAUGCUUCAGAAGAACACGAGGGCCACACAGAAGAGCCGGAAGCCGAAGAGCAAGUCCAUGAACAGCAGCCCCAGCAGCAGGAAGAGUACUGACCUCCUUGGCAGCUCUUGACACCUCCAUUGUGCAUGGGAACUUUUCCUCUGGAGAAUUGGAACAUGUGUGGCCUCAAGCUGAGCAGAAACCAGUCAUCCUAAUCUGCUGUUACAUCAAUGCACCGUUGCCCAUGCCAGCCACCGCACUCAGUUCCCAUUUUCUUUGCCAAGAUGCAUUAGCAGGCGCUGGUCUGGCCACCUGCCUGACAGAUCAUAGGGUCACAUACCUUCAACUUUGCCACUUGGCUGCUUGAGAUUGGUUCUGCUCUUUUCUUCAUUUCUUUCCAGAACAACUCUUUCCCACCCCAUCACCACCACAACCACCGCCCCUUUUUAUCCUGGUGUGAAACAAUGGUAAUUUGAUAUAUGGUAUUUAUAUUGGCAUUUCUCAAUCCAGUGUCACUAGAUGUCACAUGCAUUUGUGGUGCUUUUGAUGUUUGCGAGUCUAACCUCGAAACAAAUUUGGUGUAACAGUUGAAACAAAGGGAAACAGAUCCUUGAUAUGAAAGCCAUAAUGACAGUGACUUGUAUCAUGGGGGAAGAAUAUAGGGUUAGUUUCUCCCCUUACUGACAACAUGACAGGGGAAAAAGGAAGAUUCAGAACUAGGAUGCAGGCCCCAGCAGUGCUCAUACAGCAGCUUGUUAGAUGGCAUCCAGUCUGUGGGCAGUUUUGAAUGACAUCCACCCAAGGAAAACAUUUCUCAGCUUUGCCCCUCUCACCAUGUGCUCCGUCCCUCCCCGUACAGCUCCCACUUCCCAGGUUCUCACAAUGUUUCCUUUCUCAGGGUCCUCUUUGGGGAAAGGGCAGCUACUUACCCCAAGAUGUUGUCAUCAGUUACCAGCCCUCAGAGGGGUCUGUAUGGCUCCAGGUCUUCUGGCCUCAUCCCUCUUCCUGCCAUGCAAAUGCUGUCUUGCACACUGGGGGAGUCCCAGUGAAGGCAACGUCCAUGGGCAUGCAGUCCCGAGCUCCUAAGCUUGCAGCAUGCUGGCUGGAGAACCUUAUAUAUAGCAGAAAUUCCCAGGAAGAACCAUGCUUCUGCAGGCUGGUGUUCACACUGGAAUAACACAACAGAAAUCGAUGACCCAAAUAUCCUCUGGGGUAAGGAAUCCCCCCUCUUUAACAAGGACCCUCUUUGUCAUUGACCUUUGCGAAACCAUGCCAACUUGGAAAGGCAACAUUAUUGAAUUAAUCCACAUUCCUUAUUUUUAAACUAAUAUUUGCACAUUUUUUAAGUCUCUUUUAAAGUCUUUGCCCCACUCCCUACCGCCUUUGAUAAAUGGAAUCCCUUCCUGGAUCUAACUUCAGAUUGGUUGGUUCUAACUUCAGAUUCCCACUCACUUGUUACUUAGCAGGUACAACAAAAAUAAGAAACCAACCUGCCCACCCACUUUCUGCUUAGCUGAAAAGCUCAAAAUCAAAUCUCCAAAUUAUGUCUCCUCCAAGCUUUGAAAUUUCUUUGCUAAUGGACGAAAUUCUAACUUCCAAAUUCUAGCACUAAAGCUUUUUGCCAAAAGAAGCCUUUUUAAAAAUAAAUCUUUUGCAGCAAAGUGGUACUUACUGAGUCAUACGUGGAAAAAGAUGGCUUGUAUUUUUGAGGUUGUUGCAGCACACUGUGCAGAACCGGACAGAUGUUCUGUGGUGUUUGGUUUCCCUUUCUUCUCUCUCCUGCUCACUCUGCACGACAGUGGCAGCUCAUUUCUCCAGGGCUGUAAAGCCUGACUCUCGGCAGUGACAUCCUCCCACGCCUGCUUCCAGGUAGUGGCUGUGCUAUACACAGCAUUGUGCUUAAUGGUGUGUUGUACUCAUUUUCCUUUUAAAAAACCAGCUCUUGCAAAGAGGCACAAUAAAUAAUUCCAUGCAGAUUACAACUUCAGUGGUUUCUAGACCAUUCUUUUCCUGUUCUGGAUGGCUCAGUCUUCCCCAGGUGGGUGGACCAAGAUUCCUGUGAUGCGGAAGCACAUGAAUGAGUAGCAGAUAGUCUUCUUUAGAAAUCACUUCACCCUGGACGUUAGCCACUAGGCCACGCUGCCGGGCCCAUCACUUCACCCUGGAUAACAUGCAUAAGCCUCCCACUGCUCUCCAGUUCCCCAACCUUCUCAGCAAUGACCACAGUGGUUGCAGAGCUUAGCCUACAGGAAACGUACCUCCAACCACUGUAUUCCACUCUUGUUACUGAGGGAUUGGGGGAGACCAUUUACGUGGAGAAGAGCUAUAAAUGCCUCUUCCUAUGCCCAUCGCCAACCUCUUCCCUUGUGCUGCACCCUAGAUGACAUCAGAUGCUGUGGAGAGCCUUGACCAGCCAAGGUUCGGAGACAGUCCCCAUGGGCUGCUCUCGGCCUCUGCUCACAGGGACACUCAUUCUCGGAGCUAGCCUCAGGCCAGGCUGAUGAGUGUCCCUGGGUGUGUGCACCAUUCUGCCCUCUCAGGAAGCCAGAUUUCAUUCCUAGUGUCCCUCACGCCACAGAUGGCUGCUUAUAGCACUUCCACUGCCAUGGUCAGACUGGAAGUGAUCGAGGCAGGGGGCAAAGUGAAAGCCCCUGUUCGUUCUAAGCAGAAAAGCAGGAAAAACAAAGACAAACCCUGUUGACCCGAGAGAAGUCAACUUCAGAAGGGAACCAAGAACUCCUCCCUUCCCUGGUGAGUAUUCCCGUUAUUCCGUUAAGGUUUAAUGUGCAUUCAGAUUACUUUAAUUCAAUAGUACACCAUAAAGCUUUUGUUAUAUAUAAAAUGUAAACUGAAAGGAAUGUAAACAUAUGUACUGUUAAUUAUAAAUAGAGAUAAGUCAUGAGCUAAUAGAAGAAGAAUCUUACUCAGAUGUAUCUCAUUCAUUUACAUUGCCCACCUAUUGUCGCAUGGUAGAAGAGUUUUUUGUCUGAACAUGUGAAUAACUUGACUUGCGUUGAUCUUUUUACAUAUUUAAUAAAAAAGUCUAUGUUAAAA